CGAUCUCAGAACUCGCGCCUAUAGGUUCAUUCCCCGCCCACAACGGCCUCCGUCGCGCUCUCCGCAUUUGUGAAAUCACAGAACUAAUGCACAUUGUACUGGGCUAUUGGAGUUGAUUGACUAGGACCGACGAUCUGCUCCUGUCUCGAAGUAACGACCCGUUUUGCUCUCAAAAUACUGUCUACCGUCAACACCGAGUUCUGCACCUUUUCAUUCUCUCUUUCAGUCUUGUGCUGAAGCUCGAUGGUUAGGAACCAUUUUCCUUUGCACUGGGAGAGUUGUCGGCUCCCGUCCAGGAUAUAUCCCGGAGGGAAGACAAUGUCAGCUCGGAGAUGGAUGUACAUGCCACCAGAGGCGGCAUUUCCGUGGAGGAUAGCGGUAUCUUCCGCCCCUUUGCUGAAGGCAGGCGCUCGAGCUGUUGAACCCCCGAAAUUGAUCACUCCUCCACUUCCUUUCCCCAUCUCUCGAACUCCGCUCCAUCCUUCUCCUCUCCGCAUCGCCUUACACACCAAACCCUCAUGCCCCAGAACCGGGGUUCGGCUGACAGGUGGAUCUGUAUGACGACGGAAUCCAAGUCUGCAACAGAGCGAUGCAAUCUACUCACAUUCCUUCAACGCGAUGACUUUUGCAUUUGAUUCAGCGACUUGAAACCCCGCUCCCUCGCAAUGGGCAAACUACCAACACGAUGGGCUAUAGAUUUCCAUUCUAGACAACGGGGAAUGGGACAAUACGUCUCCAAGAAACGUCACAUGCAUAAGACGGUGUUUUCCUCCGCUUUCCUCCAGGACAGUGGG